AUUAUUGCGUUGUCUCUAAAUUAAUUAAACCAAGAUGAAACUAGCGUAUCUGUUAUUUAUUGCUUUAGUCUGCCUAACAGCGGCCGCAUCUCAGACUGAACAUCAAAAAGUAGGACGAAUUAUCGAAGCAUGCCAAAAAGAAUUGGGUUCAACUGUAAAUGAAAUCCAAAAUAUUAACCUUGGUAUUGUAAACCCUGACGCCGGCAAGCAAGUUCUUUGUGUUCAUCGUAAACUGGAAACACUGGAUCGGAAUGGAGACGUUAUUCCAGAUAAGUUUAAGCAACACAUUCAAGCUAUUACUGGCGAUGAAAAUCAUCGGAAAGAAUUUCAAGACAAAUGUGGUAAAACUCAAGGAGGCAAUCCCGAAGUUAAAGCUAUUAAUUUUGAUAAAUGUAUACAAUCCGUCAUAGCAAAAAUACAUGCCUGAUUUAUCUACAAAUCUAUAAAGAUAUAAGGAAUUUAUAAAUACAUAAAAUAAUUUAUAAUAAAUAUAUUCUGAUAUAAAAUAUAGUACUUUCGUUUAA